AUGAGCCAAUUGGGCAAUACCGUUCACCAUGCAGCCGCAUUUGACGGCUUGAGUGCCCAGGAAAAGCUCUAUGCUCAUCACAUGGCGAGGGCUGCUUGGAAUGGUACUAGAAUCAUCCUCCGUCAAGUGUUCCCCGAGGCCAAUGGCAUCUUUGACUUUAUCAUGGCCUUAUACCAUGACUGUGACGGGAACUGGGAGCAACUUGCAACAAAGACCGGGGUCAGUAUGCAGGAUCUGGACAGAUUCCUCGAGUAUGCUGCGAUAUUUCUAUCGAACGUCGGAAAUUAUUUUGGCUCUGGUGACCAGAAGUUCAUACCUGAUAUAACCAAGGAGACCAUUACAAGGCUGGCUUCUGUAUCCUUGCCCACCAGCAAAAUACUUGAACAAAUCAAGAGACCGAUGCUAAAUCCUCUACCACACAGCUUAGGUCGCCCGGGGCCUUUGACCCAGUCGUCCUAUUAUCUGGGAGAAGACUGUCUGGAGUCGUCGGAGGAUAUUUCCUUGAUAGCGAAACUUAUGGAGGAUCGAUUCAUCUUGCCUGAGAACACUCGACUGAGAAGGUAUCAGAGGUCUGGAGUGAAUUGCUAUGAUAUCCUACAAGCAUCAGUCGUGGAAGACAAGUCUCCACUGGGUAGCCUAAGUGACUCGGGUGCACCUGACAAAAUGAUCCACUUGGUGAGAGGAGACCACACAGAGGAACUUAGGCAGAUAUGCGGAUGCUUGCGCCAAGCCAUUCCAUAUGCAUCGAAUCCAGCGCAGAAGCAAAUGCUACAGGACCUCAUCGACAGUUUCCAGACCGGCAAUCUCGAAGCAUACCGGAACUCCCAGAGGACCUGGGUCAGUGACAAAGCCCCCCCCCCCAUUGAAACCGUUCUUGGGUUCGUCGAACCGUAUCGGGACCCCCUAGAUAUCCGUUCAGAGUUUGAAGGAAUAGUUGGGAUACCUCAUGCUGCGGAAACCAAGAUACUGAACACCCUUGCAAGCAAGGCAGAUCAACUCGUCUGUAAGCUUCCGUGGGUCGAGGAUUCCGGUACCAGCAAGGGUCCUUUUGAAAAAGAACUUUUUGAGCCACCGGAUUUCUCAAGCAUCAACAGUCUUGCAUAUUGUUCGAGUAUCAUCUUCCCAGGGAUUACUCUGCCACACUACAACGACAUCCGACAGGAUACAGGCUACAAAAACAUCAUUUUCUCUAACCGCAUGGUGUCCGAGAGCAGCCGAGCAAGGGGCUUACACAUGGUGGAUAAGUCCGAGCAAGACACGUUCAAGCAGCAUCGGUUCCACGCCUACUACAUCUGGGUCGUAUUGCACGAGAUCCUUGGACAUGGCACGGGAAGAUUCUUGACUGAAUCUUCUGACGGUAGUCUCAACUUCAACCCAGACCAGCCGCCACUGAAUCCGCUCACAGGAAAGCCUGUGGAAUGUUGGUAUCGGACCGGGCAAACAUGGACCGGAGUAUUCAAUGACCUAGCCACAACAGUGGAUGAAUGCAGAGCAGAGCUAGUUGGGGCUUAUUUGAUCGAUGAUAUAGACAUUCUGCGUAUUUUCAGCUACACAGAGCAGAGCGAGGUCGCCUACAACAUGUAUCUGCAGUUAGGUGUCGAUGGACUUCGAGGACUGGACAAUUACGAUCCUACCACCAAGAAAUGGGGCCAAGCACAUAGUCGAGCACACUUUGCAAUACUUCGCCAUCUCCUCCGCGACAGUGAUGGACUCUACAUUAUCACAUGCGACGCAGAGAAUACGACGUUAACGGUCAAAGUUGACCGUUUGCGAGUCAUAUCCCAUGGGAAGCCCUCGCUGGGCCGGAUGCUCUUGAACCUUCACAUCUAUCGGUGUACCGCAGACAUCUCGAACUGUCGUCAUUUCUACGAGGAUUUAUCCCACGUGGACGACGAGGCUCUAACAUGGAGAAAGAUUGUCAUCUCGAAAAGGGAUCCACCACUGGCAUUUAGCCAAGGAAAUACCUACCGCGUCGGAGAUGAUGUGAAGCUUAAAGAAUACGAACCCACUGCGCGAGGAAUCAUCCAGAGCUGGGCCGAACGGGGGCUAUAACAAUACGAUGCUGCAGAAUACUGCGUUAGGUAUUACUUGGCUCCAGUAUAGCUACGUAAAACACAAAGUAAGCUGAGUAGGAGGGCCCUUGAUUCGGAUUGAGGAACCUUUCCGGUCGGUAUCUACCGUGGUAC